UCUACGAUACAGUGUGUAGCUAGACUCGCCAGCCAGCCCUUCCUCGGGCCCGAGGAAGGGCUGGCUGGCGAGUCUAGUGUGUAGCGCGGCUGCAAGAGUUGAUGUGGCUGAAGAAGAGGUGUUGUACUGAGCUUCCCAGAGUGGCAGGCAAACACUUUCGCUGUGGACUGCACUGGAAAGAGAGUUGUUCUGGCAGUGCAUGGCGUAAUGUUAGUCAUCGUUGCAGUCAGAAGUGGUUAGCUGUGGUCAAUUUAGAUCAACCUGAGGAGUACAGUGAACCCAAGGCUGUCAGGAAACUAGGGAGACAGAACAAGUACGAGAUCAAGGCAGUGUUGUGGAACCCUCACCUGGUGAAGGAGGACUUACUGGCCUCCACCUGCCAGCAGAAGCUGGAGGUCUGGAAUGUGAAUGCUGAGAGACAUCCUCUGGUACACUCCCUCAAGGCACACACUCGACCAGUCAGGAUAUAAAGAGGUUCUCGUUGCCCAGAGUGAUAUCUCUAGACAUUGGUGUCCCUGCCAACAAGAAGCCUUCACUGAGGGAACAGCUGUCUAAUCAGCUCAAAUAAGAUGUGACUAGACUGAUAGCCAGUAACUACCCUGGUGGCGUCAUCUUUACACAGCUGGCUUCUUUCACCUCACCACAAUUUGCAAAGGCCCUGAAUGAAUCUACCCAGCCGUCUGUCCUGGCCACUCGACUGAAGCUCCCACUACCCCCGGGCAGCGGCAGUCGUGUGGGGGGUCUCAUCGUGUUGUGGUUAGUCCAGCUCAGUUCUCUCUGUUGCACUCCAGCCUGAUCAGCUGACUAUGAACAGAUGUCUAGUAUAAAUUGAACAUAGUAAUAUAAAUUAUGUAAACAAAACCUUCCUAAUUUGUGACCUGCAUAGAAUUCUUAUAUCAUUGUAAAGUAUUGUAUGUACAAUUUUAUCGUCACAUCACCAUUUUUUGUUGAAGCUUAAUAUUAAUUGUUGAACUGUACCGUGUCAUAUAUAUAGGGGGGAGACUGAGGGGUACCCGGGAUUGUUGAUUAUAGUGAUUACGGUCCAUUGUGGUUUAUCAUAUAGCUCCAGAAGACUCCUGCAGAAGCUUUCAGGGAGUCCGGACCAUGCAUCUUUCUGGCAGUCAACUUCUUCAAUA